GGCAAUGUGCUGACUUUUGAUGCAAAUGUACUGCGUGUGCUUUGAAGUCUGAAGUCCAAAUUUAGAGACGGCAUUAUCAACCCAGCAUCUGGAUCUCAUAUCCAACACCACCUUCUUUCCUUGCCGAUCUCUUUUCCCCCUAACAAAGAAGAAUUAUGAGUCUACAAGAAGAUAGGAAGAAGCUGAUGCCAGUUAUCUCUCUGGAGACUCUGGUGGUCUGUGUUCUCUUCCUCAAAGUUUCAGCCGCAAUAGAUGGUGAAUUUAUCUUCAAUGGCUUCCAAGGUGCUAAUCUAAGCUCCGAUGGAGUAGCAUCUAUAACUCCCGAUGGCCUCCUGAGACUGACCAACCUUACGAUGCAUGCGACAGGCCAUGCCUUCUAUUCCACUCCACUCCUCUUCAAAAGUUCUCAAACCAGUAAUGUCAUCUCCUUCUCUACGACAUUUGUGUUUGCAAUCGUCCCUGGAUAUCCACUAGGUGGCAUGGGGAUGGCCUUUGUUCUCUCUCCUUCGAAAAAUCUCUCUGGAGCCUCACACAGUCAGUACUUGGGCCUCUUCAACCCCAGCAACAAUGGCAACUUAUCAAACCAUAUUGUUGCGGUUGAGCUCGACACAUCUUUCAACCCUGAAUUCAAAGACAUCAACGACAAUCAUGUAGGAAUUGAUAUCGAUAGCUUGACUUCCACCGACUCCUAUUAUGCAGGCUAUUUCACAAAUGAUGAUAAGUUCAGGAACCUUACACUCAUGAGUGGCGAACCGAUGCAAGUUUGGAUAGAGUAUGAUGGUAAAGAAAUGCAGCUUAAUGUGACGUUGUCUCCUUUCAAAGCACCUAAACCAAAUCAUCCUCUCUUGUCUUCAAAUAUCAACCUUUCUAGCAUAUUCUUCGACCACAUGUAUGUGGGCUUCUCCGCAUCCACUGGCACGGUUCAAGCAUCUCACUACGUUUUGGGGUGGAGCUUCAAGUUGGAUGGGAUUGCUCAGCCACUGGAUUACUCCAAGCUGCCACAUCUCCCUCGGACCAAAUCCAAACAGAGGCCAAGGGGUAUGACCAUUUGGAUUCCCAUAUUGGUGGUGGUGUUCCUCUUAAUAACUGCGGCUGUGGUUCUUUUUGUUGUGAGAAGGAAGAACAAGUUUGCAGAGAUUCUGGAGGACUGGGAGCUUGAAUAUGGAUCUCAUAGGUUCUCAUACAGAGAUCUCUACAGAGCCACCAAUGGGUUCGAAGACAGUGGCCUUCUUGGAGUAGGAGGCUUUGGCAGGGUCUAUAAAGGGGUACUACCUACUUCUAAUACUGGAGUUGCUGUCAAAAGGGUCUCCCAUGAAUCCAAGCAGGGAGUGAGGGAGUUUGUAGCUGAGAUCAUGAGCAUCGGUCGGCUCCGGCAUCGCAACUUGGUCCAGCUCCUGGGUUACUGCCGGCGCAAAGGGGAAUUACUUUUGGUAUAUGACUUCAUGCCCAAUGGCAGCCUCGACAAGCUUCUGUUCGACCAAAAGAAAUUCAUCCUUGAUUGGGCUCAAAGGCUUCAGAUCAUCAAAGGUGUCGCUCUAGGCCUCCUGUAUUUGCAUGAAGAGUGCGAGCAGGUCAUCAUUCAUCGAGACAUCAAAGCCAGCAAUGUAUUGCUGGAUGGUGAAUUGAAUGGUAAACUAGGAGAUUUUGGCCUCGCAAGGCUAUACGACCAUGGGGCUGAUCCAAAAAGCACCAUUGCGGUGGGAACAAUGGGCUAUCUCGCACCAGAAGUUACAAGGAGAGGGAAGGUGACUACGAGCACCGAUGUGUUUGCUUUUGGAGCUUUCCUUCUAGAGGUUGCUUGUGGUCGAAGGCCAAUUGAACCGAGAGCACCAGAAGAGGAGACGAUUUUGGUGGACUGGGUCAUGAAGAAUUGGCAAAGGGGAACUAUUCUUGGUGUUGCCGACUGGAGAUUGCAAGGUCGAUACGUAGUCAAGGAAGUCGAGCUAGUGUUGAAGCUGGGGCUGCUUUGCUCGGACCGAUCACCAGCUGCUAGGCCUAGCAUGAGGAAAGUGAUACAGAUACUAGAUGGUGCUGUUCCAAUGCCAGAUCUCGUGGUUGAUCCUAUGAGUGUUGGCGUUUCAGCUUUACCUGGAGGAGAAGGAUUCAGCAACUGCAACACAUCGACUCCGUUAAUAGGAACUGCUUCAGUUCAGCCUGGAGGCCGAUGAUUGAAUAAAAUUCACUGUUAAUGGAACUUUGUUAAUGAAUUAGGAGGGUGCCAACUGACCUAGUUGGGUUCAGUUGGCAAAAUCUCAUGUUUUUGUAAGAGACAUGGAUUUGAUCCUGCCACCACUUAGAUGUUCGACUAGGCUGCUAUCAUCCUAAAUCCUGAAAAGAAA